GAGGAGUGAGAGGACAGGUAUUGAGGUAUAUAUGGAUUGGGAACUCCAUAUACAGCGAGUCGUUCAGUCAUUCCUCGCGAUUAAGUUCUUAAACUAUGGGUUCGCUUCAGUCGUGAACAAUAUUUUUUCAGUCGAUAUCUCUUUGUGUGAUGUGUCACUCAAUUUGCAUACUAACCAUAAGUACCUGUUUAGCACCGGUGCUAUUUUGGUGUAACUAAACCAAAAUCACUCUCUCAUUGAGUUCAAUGAAUACUACAAUCAAAGCCAACAAUCAAUCCAUCACUUGAACACUGAUUGAGAUAAUAAUUGACGAUAAAAAUAUAAAUAAGAGAAACCCUAUAAUAGUAAUCGUUGUGUGAAGUCGUGUGCCGACAGAGAAAAGAGUUAUUUUUAAACCGAAAAAAAUUAUUGAAAUAAAUAGUGAGAAGAGAUUACGUCCGGGAAAUCGACUUAAUUAUACGAAAUGCCAAUUCAUAUGACAAAUAGUGUGACUUUAGUGAAGACUAUAUUAAUAUCAGUGAUUGGGUUGAGUAUAAUCGGAUCGAUCGCCCAAUUAGUGGCCGCACUGUUCGCUGUGGGCGCCUCUCAGGAUGUGGACAAUCUUAGGGACCAGAGUCUCAUGGAAUUGGGAGCAAUCAUUAUGCUAAUAAUGGCGUUGAUUUGCUUCACGUUUGAGUUGAUCGGCAUUUUGGGAGUACUGAAGGGAAAUCUGGCCGUAAUGUCCGUCUUCGCGGUUGUCAUGACUUUGGCCACAAUUAUCAGUUGCUUCACGGGCUCGGGUGGACUCAAGUUUCUCAUCAUUUUGCUGAACCUCACGAUGACUGCGCUCUCAUGUAUUUACCUCUAUCUCUGUAUAAGGCGAAAAGAAAUGGAAGAAUUGAGACAAAGAAAUUCAAUGUCUAUUUCGGUGAUCAAUGACAUGAAUGACGGACUCGUGAAUAAUCAUCACAACGGAAACACUCGUAAAAUAAGUUCACAAUCAUAG